ACGCCAUUCGAUGUAUUUAAAAACAGCCCUUUUCUGGACCCUGAAUACCUGCACUGAAGUCAACGUGGCCUUGAUUGUGGCUCAGUCACGUGACAGGCAGAACAGACUCUCUGGGAUAAAAUUGACGUCAUUAAGUCUAGGCUUGAAGAGGAUAGCAUUGGCGGCAAAGAAAAUGAAAGCUACUAUUCACCUUCCACGAAUUGGUUACAAUACACCUAGUUUUAACUGGUAUGGCACGGAGAGACUGUUACGGAAGCACCUUGUCUGCAAAGGAAUUCAGACAUCAGUAUAUUAUUUUGAUAGACAAUCAGCUACAAAUAACUCAAAAACUCUGACAUCAUUAAACGCAGAUUCUCUGAAAAAAAGAAGUUACAAGGCGAAAGACAAGCGGGAAACAUCCAAGGAUGAUGAAUCCUCUCAUGGUGAACAUCGAAAGAGUACAAAGCAUUCACUACCUGACUUCAUGUACGGUGUAAAUGUCUUGUUUCAUAAUGUUGAAGAGACACAUAGGAAGCAAUUGACACGCUAUCUGGUGGCAUAUCCUUUAAUCUCCAUUUUUAUUUGUUUCGAAAGUGCAUGUUCUCCUUUCCUAUUACGAAGAAAGGUAUAACUUGAUCAUAACAGUCACCUCAGUGAUGUAUUAUGGACCCUUUCCCAAAAUGGCAAACAACACCAAAAACUCAUCUGAAGGAAAAAUAUCCCCAAGAAUGCCGUCUACUCCUGGAUGGGAUACUGAUCGGUUUUAGGUUACCCACAGCAUUUCGUUAGGUCUUUCAUGGCGGUUUACCGGUUCCCAUUUUCAUUCCUGGGGGAGAGAGGCAUUCUGAGAG